ACACACACAUAUAGGGCCCCUGCUCGUCUUCACAGAGUUGCGCUUCGCUUUGUGUGUGUGUGCACCCUGCCAGCCUCGUCAGCUUCAUUAGCUUCAUGAUGGUCCAUCCGUGAGAGGAUGGUGGUGGUGCUGGUGCUGGUGGGGGGGGGGGGGGGGGGGGGGUGUAUCUGCUCCAGCCUUUUACCCCCCUUCAGCGUCUCCUCGAGCUGGCCCCCAACGUACCCCCCUUAAACUCGCAGCAGCCACCCCUUGCGUUUGCUCCGCGCUGCCACCAAAAGGCUUGUGAGGAUUUGUCAGCCAGAUGUGACAAGAUUGUCAAGAGGCAGGCGAGGAGAGGAGAAGGGGGGGUUUGAGAUCUGAUAUGAAUCAGAGCGUAGCUGGGAGCCAAACUCUCUCAGACUCAGUGUACUAACAUGUUCCCCUCAUUUGCUCCCUCUCCGAGCCAAACACUCCCUUCGAGUUCCUAACGGGGAGCCACAUACACCAGGAAGCCAAACUUUGGCUCGCCUCCUUCUCCUCUUCUCCUCUUCUCUCUCUCUCCCCCCUACCCCACCCUCCCUCCCCACCUCCACCACCAACCAACACCACAUUGUCUUUUUUUUUUUUUUCCUUUAAAGAAGCCAACCCUUUUUCUCAUGGAUAUUCAGGCAAUCUGCUGCACUUUGGUGAACUGUAACUGUGACAGCUUCAAGCCUGGGAAGCUGAAGAGGAGGCAGUGUGAAAACUGCAAGCAUGGCUGGGUAGCACACGCCCUGAGUAAACUGAAGGUGCACCAUAUGUACCAGAGCAGCCAGGUGGAGAUUGUGCACUCCAACGUGGUGUUCGAUAUCUGCAGCCUGAUGCUGUACGGUACUCAGGCCAUCCCAAUCCGCCUCAAGAUCCUCCUGGACCGCCUCUUCUCUGUCCUCAAGCAGGAGGAGGUCAUCCAGAUCCUCAACGCACUGGACUGGACCCUGCAGGACUACAUACGAGGAUACGUGCUCCAGGAUGUAGCAGGGAAGGUGCUGGACCGGUGGGCCAUCAUGACAUUCGAGGAAGAGAUCGCCACACUGCAGCAGUUCCUGCGUUUUGGCGAGACCAAGUCCAUAGUGGAGCUGAUGGCUCUGCAGGACAAGGAGGGCCAGGCGGUGUUGGUCCCUAGCACCCGCACCAACUCAGACAUCCGCACUUUCAUCGAGCGCAACACUCCACGCACCGCUGCCAACCUCUCUACGUCCAAAGUCGAAAAGCUGAGCAGCAGCAGCAUGCACCACUUUGAGAACUUUGUUAACAGCAUGGCCUUCAUGCUGCCCUUCCAGCUGUUGGGCUCCGUCCCCGCACCGUUUCUGGGCUCGCCGACGGGGGCGCCACAGCAGCCGCAACACCAGCAGUCGUGCCACGGGUCGGUGGGGCAGCAGAGUCAGAGACGAGACGAUCAAGGUCGAGACGGUCUAGGGAGGGAAAACCCCCUCCCUCUUUCACACCCUCCAGAGAGCAGCCUGCUCGGUUCCAGCUCCGUCUCGUUCACUUCUGAUCUAGACCGAGGUGGAGACAAGCCAAUGGACAGCCUCUCCACCACCACAAAGAUCGAAGCAGAGGACUUCUCCACUAGUGACAACUACUCGGAUGGACCCUCCACGCCGUGCACGCCCUCCAUGAGCUCUGAUGUAACACAGAUGUCCCCCGAUGGCAAGAUGCGCUCCCUGGACAGGAAUGGGAGCGGCGGCGGAGGGGUCUCCGGAGGUAGUGGGGGAGGAUGCUCUCUGAAGAAAGGUCGCGUGUACUGCAACGCCUGCGAGAAGACAUUCUACGACAAAGGCACGCUGAAGAUCCACUACAAUGCAGUGCACCUAAAGAUUAAGCACAAGUGUACCAUUGACGGCUGCAACAUGGUGUUCAGCUCGCUGCGCAGUCGCAAUCGCCACAGUGCCAACCCAAACCCGCGGCUACACAUGCCUAUGAACCGGAACAACCGGGACAAAGACAUGCGGGGUAGUUUGUCUGGCGAUGACAGCUCUCAAGGAGAGAAGAGGUCCGAAUAUGGAACCCCCAUCCCUGUCUGCUCUGCAGAAAGCCAUAAGUCAGUGCCCAGCUACAUGGUGAGCCAUGUGGACACUGGGUCUAAACUCCACAGCAGCUCGUUCCCCAGCAUGGGCCAGAGUGGCAUCCUCUUCCCUAACUUAAAAACAGUACAGCCAGUCCUGCCUUUCUACCGCAGCCUGGUAACGCCGGCAGAGCUUGCCAACACCCCAGGAACACUACCCUCCCUUCCUCUGUUAUCCUCCUCGGUACCCAUCAAACCCAUCUCAGCCCCUGAACUCUGCAUGACAGACCCCAUACCAAAGAAAAAGUCUCGUAAGUCAAGCAUGCCGAUAAAGAUAGAGAAGGAGGUGGUGGAGCGAGAUGAGCAGAUGGAUAAGGGGAGCAGCUCUGAGGACGAGGCUCCUUUACAGGGCCGGGACAAGGAAGAGUGUGACGGGAUCCGAGCAGAAGGGCAUAUGUGCGCAAGACGAGCUGGGGAGGAGAGGGAGGCGUACAUUGGUGAAGAGAAGGAAAGGGAGGGCGCCAAGCAUCUGUUGGACCAAACUUUAGAUAGAGAAAUGACAGCGAGGGAGGACAAAGAUGAUGGGUCAAGGCAAGCUGAAACGGGGGUCAUCACCUCUGCAUCCUCCCCCUUCGAAGACAGACUGACGGAGAAUCACUGUGACAACAACUUACUCUGUCAGGAACCCAAUGGCAAUGAAGAAAGGGAGGACAGGGAGCAUACAAACUCGGCUGACAAGAUUUCAGAGCUCAGAUGGGAUGACGGUGAGCACAGGCUGACUAACGGCAGCGCUCUCCAGCUCAUAGACCGCGAGAGGGAGGGAUCGGAUGGCUGCGUAGACGACUACGGUGACUUAGGUUUGUCUCACCUCGACCCCAACGCUGACCUGCCGCACCACUGUGAGAUCUGCAGUAAGACCUUUAAGAACCCCUACAGCGUCAAGAUGCACUACCAAAAUGUCCACCUGAAGGAGAUGCACAUGUGCACAGUGGACGGCUGCAAUGCUGCCUUCCCCUCCCGCAGGAGCCGAGACAGACACAGUGCGAACUUGAACCUGCACCACAAGCUGCUGACCAAAGACUCAUUCAGCCCAGCCAGCACCCUGUACUUGCCCUCAUCCCACUGUAGAGACAGAGACUCGGUUGGCCUGGACUUCUACCAGGACCAGCGGGACAGAGACCUACCCCAUCGAGACCCAACCAGCCAGACCUCCGUCAUCUUCCGAGGACACAAUCGCAUGGGCCUGGUCUUCCCAAUGAGCAAAAUGUCUACUGCACCAAACAGCGCCGAGGCAUCUCCCUUAGCAGAAAUGGAGGGAUUAGGAGGAGGAGGAGGAGGAGACGGUGGUGGAAGUGGGGAGGACGGGGCAGUCCUGGACCUGAGCACCUCCUCGUCUGCCCCGCCUCGCGGCAGCGGCAGCGCUCGAUCUUCCUGGGAUUCAGAUGGCGCCGGUAGUGAGGAAGGGGUUGAAGAGGAUGAGGAAGCGCUCCACAUGGGGGACAGCGAUGAAAGCUGCGAUGGGAUCGGCGUGGGGAGGCCAGGAGGGGGAGAGGAGCUGGCACUCGGGGGCGAGAGGACCCUGGGCUGCGUUGGGGGAGGACAAGGCGGGCUUCAGGGAGGAGGUGGGGGCGGAUCUCCGAUAACCUGCCACGUCUGCCAAAAGGUCUACAGCAACAAGGGCACAUUCAGAGCCCAUUACAAGACUGUCCAUCUGCGACUGCUUCACAAGUGUAAAGUCCCGGGCUGCGACACAUCCUUCUCCUCUGUGCGGAGCAGAAACAGGCACAGCCAGAACCCAAACCUUCACCGGAACCUAGCUGUUGGCUCCGGUGCCUCGAUGGACCAGGAGUAGGGAUUUGAGCUGCCAACAUGACUGAUUUCCUUGGUUGUAAUUGUCUUUUUGUUGUUGAUGUUGUUGUCGUUGUUGUUGUUUUUGGGCACCUAAAGAAGGCUCACCAAUUAGCACUUUUUAAAUUCCACACCGUAGUUCAUCCUGUUGUCAUAUUUUUGGAGAAAGGAG